CGAUCAAAAAUGGACAGUGGAAAUGAAACGUAUAAAGCGUAUGAAAAUCGUCUCAGUGAAAAUUCAGGAUAUGAUGUUUGUGUAUUUUACUGUUCGACGUCUUAUGAACAGCAGCCUAGAAUUAAAUUCUCUAAACACAAAGAGUUUGCCGAUUAUAACACUCGUUUAAAGACUUUUGAAAACUGUCCAAAAAAAUUGGAAUCAAAAAUAUCAACACUUUGUGAUGCUGGAUUUUUAUACAUAGGUAAUGGACAAAAUGAUCAAAUGUUAUGUUACUGCUGCAGUCAAGGUUUGAAAGAUUGGGAUGAUGAAGACGACCCAUUCCUAGCUGUACACAUAUAUUGUUAUGUAAGGCAAAAAUUAACUAGUUCAUGUCGUUUGUUCUCUGUAAUUCUUAGAAUAAUAGCCGAGUAUGCUAUAAUGUAUGCAGAACGAUCAAUUUUAGACCGAGAAAAUCGAAAUCGUACAAACAUUCGGUUAUCAGGGCGUGUUGUCGCUGAAGGUAACACUGCUUGA